UUUUGGGAUCAGAAGCAAGGAGAGAUGCCUUCUUUUGCUGCCAGGAUUUUAAUUAGAUUUAGUUGUUAAAAAAAAUUAAUGUUCAUUGCAGAGAGCCUGUUGAGCUCGAGUUCCCAGGCUUGAGGUUCAUUACUAUCUCACCACUGGUGGAUAGGUGUUACACAGCACCUAAUGCUAACUUUAUCUUCAGCUGAAACCCACCAGCCAUGGCCCUUUCCUGUGUUAUUGGGUGUUGCAACUGUAACGUGCUGUCACGUUUUCCUAGGGCUGUGUACAAUCUGUCAGAACAAUUCCUGCAGUCCAGCUGCAGCUCAUGGUCCCCUUGUAUUUCAUAUAUAUCUGUGUAAGGAAUUGGAGCUGUGUGAUAUGAAAUACUAACCCAGUAGGGUUGGAUGCCAGAUGUGGCAGUUUGCACUAACUGAUAUGAUAAUCUCACCCUCUGUGCUUGAGAAGUAUAGGCAUGCUUUUUUGCUUAGGUGUAGAAAUGGGAUCAUGCAACCUGGAUUUAUGUGCGUAGAGCAGGGUUUCUAGUUUCUGAAGCUGCACUGCUUGCAGGCUUGUUGCCUGUUUAGAGGGGGGAGAAAUAGGGGAUAAUUACUCGUGCCUUGCAUCGUCACAGCAGUUAUAAAUGCUUUACAUGACUUCUAAUAAAGCAUGUUUGCUCAGCAGCUAUCUUGUGCACGGAGACGCUCUGACCUUCCCAGAGAAGAUGAUGUAAGGUCUUCCCAGGGCACCAGGAGCAUGGCUGGGUAAACAGGCAGUUAAAACUUCAUUUGGCUCUGAGUGCAGGCUGUGCAGCAGGGUUGCUCCUGUUCAUAUGCUGUCUGCAUAGGGCAGUCGGCACGGAAUGCUCCACCUGCACACCUUGCUCAGUGCUCAGCUCCCUCUCAGAUGGGCUCACUGGGCACGGACUGCCUGGGAAGGUGUUGGUUGGCUCUCCGUGCCAGCUGUUUGACAAUGCCCGUGCAGUGCAGGCUGGCCUGAAGAUUCACACUGCAAGCGUUCGAUGCCCUGCCCGUGCUGUGCUGGUGAAGAUGCAUGAGGGAAGUGCUGAUUUUGCUGUGUGUAGGUGGACAGCGUGGUGUGCUUUAUUGCCUGUGCUUGAUAUAGGGGUUGGAGCCUGCCUGCCUCCCCCAUCCCAACUGUAUAUUUCACUUUAUGCAGCAGGCUACAGACCGGGUUUUGCCAUGACUAACUUACAUGCUGCUGUAUUCUGAGACGUUACAUCGUGAUGGACCUUCAGAUUCAUAGCUGAAGGCCUGAAAAUUUCAAGCACGUACACCUUAAAUAUCUCUUAUUCGAGGCAGGCUAGAAGUGAAUGUGACUAACUGUUAUUGUGCACUAAUGCAUUUAUUAAUGAUGGUAAAAGCUGUAGAUGGAAAAGCAAUAGGUCGGGCUUGAGCCCCUUUGGGAUAAAUACAAUGUUGGUCUUGCGGGGAAACUCUUCAUUAUGCUUUUGUAACUUGAGUUUUCAGUUUUCUGAGUACCUGCUGCUUGGCACACCGCUAAGACGGUGAGCAGGUCCCUGGAAUGUGGAAGCUCUGAAGCGUGGCAGUGCUCACACCGUGGGGUUGCAGUGUGGGCAAUGCUGGGAGCCCCGCAGCACCUCUGCUUCCCAGGAGUGCUGUGCCGGGUGCUGCUCUGGCCCCAGCCCUACGAAGGGGAGGUUGCAGAGCGCGUGUUUACCCGAAGCACACAACCUGCUCAGCCGCAAUUAUCUCCUAAUCUGGUCCUUCCGAGUUUCUCUGGUCUCGCAGGUAAAUACAGAUUUAGCUGCUAUUCAAGGCGUAUUAUUUACCUCAUUAAGUGUGUGUUUUGGCACGUGCAUUAUUUACCUGAUGGACUAACGGAUGGGAAAGAGCAAAUGCUGUCUUUUGUGCAAAUAGCGCGUUUGUGCGCAGGCUGCGAGUUCCAUUUCCCGUUCCGCAUUGAGCACACGUGGCUGGGUGGGACCUCACAGGCUGUGCCCAGAGCCAGUGCCCCGUGUCCUCGGCCCCACAAAGGCUGUGCUGUUAUAGGGAUGAUGUGGUUACCGUCAGCCAGCAGAACUGGGAGGGGUGCCCGUGUGCUGGCUUAGCAGGAUGGGCUGGUGACAUUGUCAUGGUCGGUUCUUCUGCCCUGGGUCUGUAGGAGCAGGGGAGUCUCGGUGUGGCUAACAGGCUGCUUUGAGGGGUCAUGGUGCUGAGGUGUGCUUGCUGCCUUUAGUUCCUGCCGUGUAUUAGAAGUUGUGUUGUAUACAAGAAGUUGAAAGCCUCCUUGGAAAUUUCAGUGGGUUUUGGAUUAGACUUCUCAAGCAUAAGUAGUUUGUGUUGUUCUGCUCUGAUAAGGCUCAGCAGGUACGUGUGAUCUGGUGCCAUGGCUGUUGUUUUGUUUGUGGCUUUUCAUUUAGAGCUGUUUGCAGAGGGUUGAUUUGCAGGUAUGUGUGGUUCGGGCUACCUUGAGCUCCAUCCUUAGUGCUUUGUGCGGGCUGCUGUGCUGCUUCGGGUUGGCAGUGCUGGAAGCCACACGGGGAAGCACAGGGAAAACCCCUGGCAGAGUGCGAUGGAGCGGUGCUGACAGUGCUGAGAUGUGAGUGCAUGAGUGACACGAAUCUCUCUUCAGUUUCAGAUGCCUCUGGAUGUUCAAUGAUAGCACUCCUCCAUACUGGAGCAGCAAAGUUUCCCCAACACUUCCUUCCAAGGGCGAGACAAGCUGUGUGCCUGCUCCUCCCUGCUGCUCUUCUCAAAGGGUACGGCUCCAUCAUAAGCAGGAAACUGGCGUCCCACGGCUUUGGAGCUUCCAUGGCAGCAAUGUCAUCCUUCCCUCCACAGAGAUAUCACUACUUCUUAGUGCUGGAUUUUGAGGCCACGUGUGAUAAACCACAGAUUCAUCCUCAGGAGAUCAUCGAAUUCCCUAUCCUGAAGCUGAAUGGAAGGACGAUGGAAAUUGAAUCCACCUUUCACAUGUAUGUUCAGCCUGUGGUGCAUCCCCAGCUUACGCCCUUCUGUACAGAGCUGACUGGGAUUAUUCAAGGCAUGGUGGAUGGGCAGCCGAGCCUCCAGCAAGUGCUUGAGAGGGUCGACGAAUGGAUGGCAAAGGAAGGACUCUUAGAUCCCAGCGUCAAGUCGAUUUUUGUGACCUGUGGAGACUGGGAUUUGAAAGUGAUGUUACCAGGACAAUGCCAGUACUUAGGGCUGCCGGUUGCUGAUUACUUCAAACAGUGGAUUAAUCUGAAAAAGGCGUACAGCUUUGCCAUGGGGAGUUGGCCAAAGAACGGACUCUUAGACAUGAACAAAGGACUGAACCUACAGCACAUAGGGAGGCCUCACAGUGGGAUAGAUGACUGUAAGAACAUCGCCAACAUCAUGAAGACACUGGCCCAUAGAGGCUUCAUCUUCAAGCAGACCUCCAAACCCUUUUGAUCCCCAGGGCAGGCCAGGCAGGGCUGCAUGCGCCCGGCGCCGGCGAGGCGGGGAGGACGGGCUCUAGCAUUCAAACGGCAACCGAGGCCAGAGGAACCGACACAAAUCUCAAUUCAGCUGUUACUCCAGUAGAGGUUGUAUAUAUGGGAAGGCAAAUCUGUGUAGACCUGAUGUGACUCCCUCUCUGGGCUGCUCCGGACAUUAUGCCAUGCUAGCGGACAGCCGCGUAGGGCGCUUGCACCACAUUUUAGACUCGUAGUUUGUUCUUUUCUUUGGCUCCCGAUUUCCGUCCCUCCCUCCGCGCCCCACCCUCUCCCCGUCCUCCCUCUCCCACCCCGUAGCCACCACGUCCCCGGCAUGGGCCGUCCCCGCCUUCCCUUUCUUUUCGCUGGUUUUAUGUUUUCAGGCCUUGACGGCUGCUGCAGCGCGUGCCCGCGCCGCGCUCAUAGAGACUCAGCAGUGUCGAGACGGCCCCCGCCCUCCCCGCCAGCCCCAGCCUCUCCCCGAGCGCCUUUUUCCCCUCUUUUUGAAUCGACACUAACCCCUCUCUGACUCCUGUAUGUGACAAACGCAAUCCGUCUCUUUAUGUUCAAGGUGAAGUGCCUGUAUUCUCCGCUGCAGAGCCCCUGGCAGCCCCGGUGCGGGCUGCGGGGCCCCGGAGGGCUCCCUUCAGUGGGGCAGGGGCCCGGCGGGCGGGUAGGCGGGCAGCAGGAGGGAGGUGACAGCGUGCAGAGCCCCCGUCCCGUCCCGUCCCCGUCCCGUCUGCUCGUGCCUCUCGGGGAUGGGUGGGAUGCCCAGCCCUGCCCCAGCACCACCGACCCGUCCCAGCUCCGCCGGGGCCAGGUGUGCCGCAGCACCGCGUCCAUUGCCGGCGGUGGACGUGCCAGCGCGCGCUGGCCCCGACCCACAGGUACCUGGAGCAGGGGAUCUGUAAAUCGGCCCAGGUCCCCCGGCCCGCUCCCCUCCCGCUCCCCCGGUUCCCAUGCUGAGGCUCAGCCCCCGCGUGCCCGCGGUCCCCCCACUCCCCGUGCCCCUCGCGGGUCCCCGCGGAUGCUCAGCAGCAGCUGGCUUGUUGCCUGAGAGAGUUGCCGAGCGCAUCCCCUCUGGCUGGGUGGGUUCGCAGUCGGGGGCAGCCACGGGGCAGGCUGAGGGCGCGCAACCCCAGUGUCACCCAGUGUCACCCAGCCCCGGGGCCCUGCUGAAUGGAGCCCUCAUCCGGGUGCUGACCUGCAGGGAGGCUGCAGCCCCGGGCCCGUGCGUGCAUGGCCUGGAGCGAAGCCGGUGACGGCAGCCAGAAGGGCAAUACAGGCACUGAACUUGGCGGUACAUGACUGCAUGGUGUGUGGUGUUCCAGUUAAACCAACCGAUAAUGCAAACCCAGCAUUUUCAUUGUCUAGUUAUUCCAAUCCUUGCUGUAAAUGUGCCACAUGAAUAAAGUUUGGGGGUAAAGGA